UGCAAAGACGCUUGGACUUAACGCUGAAUGGGAAUGGGAUCUUCUACAAGAGUCAAGAAAAAAAUCAGAUUUUUCGAAGUCUUCCCUAUCCAAAGACUGUUCUUUAUUCUACGGGAGUAGCUCCAAAAGAAAAGUAACGAAAAGAGAAAACGCAAGACGGAAAAUCAUACGAAUGGAAGAAAAAGGGAAGAUAAAUGAGAAUAAGAGAAAAGAAAGCCAACUAGUCUUUCAGAGUAAGCGACGAUGGCGAAGUGGUUCAAAGAUUUCCCCAUCAAUCUCAAGAACGGUACCGACAGGAUGCGCUCAGCCUCAGAGUCCAGCUCUCAGACCAGAGCCAGGCCGGGACUGUCAGCCGGGACAGGCGCUAAAACAGGUGGCACUAAAGGGAGUCUGCGUAAAAAUUCGGGUGUUGACAGUGGCAGCGCUGGCGGCGUCGGAUCUCUCCUUACUGGGAGGAAUCGAAAAAAUUCGGCUAUUGAACUGGGACGCAACGGCACCACCAGCGGUGGAUCAAUCAAAGACGGGAAGGUUUGGGACAGCCUGAUCCCGGGGAAGAGUCGUAAGAACUCCAAGAUCGAGCCAGGGGUCGAAGAGCAUCGGCCUCUUAAAAGUUCGACUUCGGCGAACGCCUACAUCAGCCGUAUGAUCAAGGUGGACAAACAGGACAAAAACUCGAACUUCAAUAGCGGCAACGGUGGUCUAGUUGCACCUGAAACAGAAAAAGUAAAUACCACCUCCAGAACAGAAACGGUGAUAAUUCUAGAGGACUAUGCAGACCCCUUUGACGCACAGAAAACCAGGGAGCAAAGAGAUGCUGAGAGAGAAGGAGAGAACGAUGGUUAUAUGGAACCCUAUGAUGCCCAGCAAAUGAUCACAGACGUCACUGCUUUCUGCACGGAGAUCCGGAAGAGGGGCUCCAAGGACCUGCUAAAGAUGUGGGCCCUGCUGGAAGGGGGUGUGGGAGCAGUGGAGGAUGGGAAACCUGCUCCCCCCCAAAUAUAUGACACCCCAUAUGAGGCAGGCGUGGAGGGGGAGGGCGGAGGAGUCCGGGUUCCCGUUGUCCGUCCCGAGUUAGACCCCCGUCCGCCUGCGGAGUAUGAACUGCCCUGGGAGUGGAAGAAGGAGCAGAUUGUGAAGGCACUUUCAGCCCAGUUUGAGGGUGUGGAGCGUCCCUCCCCCACCAAAGAGGAGCCCCCCCACGGCUUGCGUCCGCAGCACCUGCGACAGAAGAGCUGGACCCAGAAGAUCCUCAAAAGCUCGCCCCCACCACCCUCGUCCCCAGGGCCCACGUCUGAGGCUGACUCAGUCAAAGUGGACCCCACUCUGCCCUUGGAGAAACAGAGCUGGUACCAUGGCUGUGUGACACGGCAGGAGGCGGAGUCACAGCUGCUGUCCUGUAAAGAGGCCAGCUUCCUUGUAAGGAACAGUGAAUCAGGCACCAGCAAAUAUUCUAUCGCCCUCAAGACGAGUCAGGGCUGUGUGCACAUCAUUGUGGCCCAGACGAAGGAGAACGGCUACACCCUGGACCAGAGCAGCUGUGUGUUUCCCAGCAUUCCUGAGGUGGUACACCAUUACAGCACCCAGCGGCUGCCUUUCACAGGGGCCGAGCAUAUGACCCUGCUGCACCCCGUGCCCCGCCCACAAUGACUUGACUAUCAUGGCACUGGACACUAUCGCCUCCUGACCCCACCCCUCUUGUGCCAUACCAGCACACACACAAUCACUUUACCUUUCUGUCUUCUGUCUUUAUCUUUACCUUACAAUAUGUGUCUUACAGUACCUCCUUCUAGGCAGUUUUGUAUUCUUUCAGUAUGCAGUUUGUUAGCCGUAACCCAGCAGACACCGGAUUGGAGUCUUGCUGGUGGUUAUAGGGUAAGAAACGGACAUUCAAGGGUCAGCAGGCCUGGUUUUGGCAUGAGAGUGGACAAUACAUCAACUCCAUUUUUGUCUGUCUGUAUGUCUUCAUAAAAACAUGUGAGCAGGUUUCAACAAACCAUAAACCCUGGAUCAACACAUGGUGAUCUUCAAGUCGGCAUGCCAUUGUGGACCAUACUAAUAUCCACUUCUUGUUCAAAUUUUAACUAAGAAAAGCUUAGACCAAUGGAUUCAGUACCAGAUGACUCCAAUUUAUAGCAAAUUCAAGUACUACUGUCCAUUAGAGAAGAUUAAACUAUUUGUGUCUGCCUUAGUCUACUUCUUUGGAUCGAGGGAGAAGCUAUUGCUCCUCUGGAAAAAGUGAACACAGCUUAUAGUAUGCCUCAGGGGCUCUUAUUCAAGUCUCCUAUUCAA